AUGAGCAAUGAUAAGGAUAGCUUCAACGUCGGCGAUCUCACCGCUGCUCUCAAAGAUGAGGAUCGUGCAGGCCUUGUCAACGCUCUUAAGAACAAGCUGCAGAAUCUGGCUGGGCAGCAUUCCGAUGUGCUCGAGAAUCUGACUCCUAAGAUCAGAAGACGUGUUGAGGUCUUGAGGGAGAUUCAGGGGAAACAUGAUGAAAUAGAGGCCAAGUUUCGUGAGGAAAGAGCUGCUCUUGAAGCCAAGUAUCAAAAGUUGUACCAGCCUCUGUAUACUAAGCGUUAUGAGAUUGUGAAUGGAGCUACCGAAGUUGAAGGAGCUCAAGAGGAUGUUAAGAUGGACUUAGGAGACGAGAAAUCUGCAGAAGAGAAAGGAGUUCCUAGUUUCUGGCUGAACGCCCUGAAAAACAAUGAUGUUAUAUCUGAGGAGAUCACAGAGCGUGAUGAAGGAGCCCUCAUGUAUCUUAAAGAUAUUAAGUGGUGCAAGAUUGAGGAACCAAAGGGAUUCAAACUUGAGUUUUUCUUCGAUCAGAACCCUUACUUCAAAAACGCCCUAUUAACAAAGGCAUAUCACAUGAUUGAUGAAGAUGAGCCUCUGCUUGAGAAGGCUAUUGGGACAGAGAUUGAUUGGUAUCCUGGAAAAUGUUUAACUCAGAAGAUCCUGAAGAAGAAGCCUAAGAAAGGUGCUAAGAAUGCCAAGCCAAUCACCAAAACUGAAGAUUGUGAAAGCUUCUUCAACUUCUUCAAUCCUCCCCAAGUUCCUGAUGAUGAUGAAGAAAUCGAUGAGGACAGCGCUGAGGAACUUCAGAAUCUGAUGGAACAAGAUUAUGACAUUGGUUCUACAAUCCGGGAGAAGAUUAUACCCCAUGCUGUCUCAUGGUUUACUGGUGAGGCUAUUGAAGGAGAGGAGUUUGACAUUGACAAUGACGAUGAAGAUGAUCUUGAUGACGACGAAGAUGAGGAUGAAGAAGAUGAUGAGGAUGAGGAUGAGGAAGAAGAUGAUGACGAAGAUGAGGAAGAAGAAGUACGCAAGACCAGAAAGAAGCCGUCAGUCGUGCACAAGAAAGGAGGCAGGGCUCAGCCUAACGAUGGACAACAAGGGGAGAGGCCUCCUGAGUGCAAGCAACAGUAA